AUGGUCCAAGAGGUAGAGCCAGGCGGCUCCGCGGCUCCCGAAACCACCAUCGGCCCCGUCCCGACCAAGAGCAGCCAGCGCAUGUCUAGAGCCCAGUUACUGAACCAGACUGUACGGAACGGCGUGCAUAAAGUGUACAAGAGGCACCCGCUCACCGACGACCGUCGCGGCCGCUCUUACAUCGACAACUCCAUCCGGACCGCUCGCUAUACCGUUAUCGAUUUCUUCCCCAAGCAGCUCAUUUUCCAGUUCAGCCGCAUUGGCAACUUUUACUUUCUGUGCGUCGGCGUGCCCCAGACAAUUCCCGGCCUCAGCACCACAGGCAACUACACCACCAUCCUCCCUCUCAUGUUCUUCGUCCUCCUCACCAUCGCCAAGGAGGGCUACGACGACUGGAAGCGCCACCGUCUCGACAACGUUGAAAAUGCCGAGGCUGCCAUGGUACUGAAGAGCUCAUCCACUCGACCCCACGUUGUUGUGAAAAAGGUCAAGCAGAGCCGCAUCCCCUUUCACUACAAGGGUAUCAGUGAGCCGCUUCGGGAGCUUGACGAAGAGCACGAUGGGUUGAAAUGGGUGUCGACCAAGUGGUGCGAUAUUCAAGUCGGGGACGUGAUCAAGCUGGCUAGAGACGAGCCCGUUCCAGCCGACAUUGUCCUCUUGCACUCGGACGGCGAAGAUGACAUUGCCUAUAUCGAGACCAUGGCUCUAGAUGGCGAGACUAAUCUCAAGAGCAAGCAAGUGUCCGCUGCUAUCAAGGAUUGCGGGACUAUCCAAGGUCUACGUUCGUGCGCCGCCCACCUCGUCAUAGAGGAUCCCAAUCCUGACUUGUAUCGAUUCGACGGCAAGGUGACGGUGGGCCACAAGACCUUGCCCCUCACCCUCAACGAGGUAAUUUAUCGUGGCAGCGUAGUGAGGAACACGCCAAGCCUCGCUGGCCUCGUGGUGAACACGGGCGAGGAGUGUAAAAUUCCCGGACUCAUGCGUAUGAAUGCAAACCAACACCCCAAGGCAAAACGACCAGCGCUGGAAAUCAUUGCAAACAAGAUCGUCAUCACCCUCGCCAUCUAUGUCAUUGUCCUUUCUAUUGGCUGCUCCAUGGGCUACGUUGCCUGGCAAAAGUCGGUGGAGGCCCAAAGUUGGUAUCUCGACCACGCCAAAGUCCCGUUUUACCAAAUCUUCAUCGCCUACAUCAUCCAGUUCAACAAUGUCAUUCCCCUGGCCCUCUAUGUCAGUUUGGAGAUCGUCAAGAUUGGCCAGCUCAUCAUGCUCAACUCCGACAUAGACAUGUACGACGCCGUUACUGACACCCCGCCAACUCAGUAUUGCCGGCACGGCCUGGCUUCACGAAGCCGAUCUCGAUCAGGGCCGCUUGCGCAAGCCAAUGACUCGGACUCGGAUGAUCAUACCUUGAAGGAAAAGACUUCGUUUUCCAAACUGAAUCUGCCUACCAUUGCACGGAGACCGGCGGUGGCUACAGUGGAGAUGCCCGAGUCCUCAGAGGCGCUCCAGACGAUUCCUUCGACGACCGCCAGCCCGAGAGUAUCGAUGACGCAGCGCAGAUCUUCCUCGCAGUGGCGAUCCACCGCUCGGCCAGACCACGCCCAACCCGACGUGACUACCUCGGACCUGAUGGAGUACAUUCGUCAUCGUCCCAACUCCUUAUUCGCUCGCAAGGCUAGGCAGUACAUCCUAGCCAUGGCGCUGUGCCAUACCUGCCUACCCGAGAUUCGAGACGGUGUCCUCGAAUACCAGGCAUCAUCCCCCGACGAGCUGGCUCUCGUGCGGGCCGCCCAGGAGCUCGGUUACACCGUCGUAAAGCGUUCGCCUCAGCACAUCACGCUACGCCUCACCACCGACGACGCGGGGUCUUCGGAACUGCAGACCUUUGAGAUUCUCGAUGUGAUUGAGUUUAGCAGCAAACGAAAGCGAAUGUCCAUCGUCGUGCGCUACCCCGAUGGUCGCGUGGCGGUCAUCUGCAAGGGUGCCGACUCCGUCAUCCUGCCGCGCCUCAGGAUGGCCAACAUGGCCAAGCAAAGCCUUCAGGAGUCUCGACCUAGCCUCGGCGGCCGUCCAAGCUUGACCGCGCGGCGAGGAGGUCCGCCGGUGCGCGACGCAAACGCCCUUCUACGGCAGGCCAGCACCGCCAGGAGCCGGUCAUUUGAAGUUGGUUCGCGGCCCCGCGAUGAGAAACCGCGGCCGUCCCUCAACGCGCGAGGGCUAUCGUUUGACGUUUCCAAAUACACGCACCUCCAACCCCCGGGCAUGGAAGAGCCUAAUGAGCUGGACCGGUUUUCCUUUCUUGAAGAUCCCCUGAUCCACGACGACCCGACGAUUUUUAGCCGAUGCUUCAAGCACCUGGAUGAUUUCGCCGCCGAAGGCCUGAGGACGCUUAUUUAUGCGCAGCGGUUUGAGCGCGUGGAAGCGGCGGCCGAGCUAAUCGAACAGAGCUUCGACUUGGUGGGCGCCUCUGCGAUCGAGGAUAAGCUCCAAGAGGGAGUACCGGACACGAUUGACCGGCUACGGCGAGCCAACAUCAGGAUCUGGAUGCUGACGGGCGACAAGCGAGAGACUGCCAUUAACAUUGCGCACUCGGCCCGCAUCGUGCAGCCUGGGUCCGACAUGUAUGUGUUGGACUCGACGAAGGGCUCGCUGGACUCACAGAUGCUUACCGUUAUGGAAGAUAUUCAAGCCGAAUCGGUCCACAGCGUCGUCGUGGUGGACGGGCACACGCUCAGCGUCAUUGAAAACUCGGAGGAGCUUUGCGCGCAAUUUUAUGCCGUCGUGCCGCUCGUGGACUCGGUGAUUUGCUGCCGGGCCUCACCGGCGCAAAAGGCACUACUCGUCAAGACGGCAAGCCACGUGGGGAUCGGCAUCUCUGGAAAGGAGGGUUUGCAGGCGGCACGCGUGGCAGACUACUCCAUCGCGCAGUUUAGGUUCCUGCAGAGGAUGCUCUUCGUGCACGGGCGAUGGAACUAUGUGAGAACGGCCAAGUUCAUCCUCGCCACGUUUUGGAAGGAAAUGUUCUUUUACCUUCCCACGGCGCUCUACCAGCGAUACAACGGGUACACGGGCACGUCGCUCUACGAAUUCUCGAGCUUGACGGUUUUCAACACGCUCUUUACCAGUCUGUGCGUGAUUUGCAUGGGCAUCUGGGAGCAAGACCUGCGCGCCGAGACGCUCCUUGCGGUCCCGGAGCUUAUCAUGGAAACGCACUACAAGACUGGCAUCGUCAUGUUUUGCUUCUUUCUAACGACGAUUGGAUGGUGGGCGUGGCAAGGAUUCUUGUCCGGGUCGUAUGCGCGCACUCCGUCCAUUUAUGCCGUGCGCGACGGCUUCGCCAAGACAUUUGGACCCGAUCCGGCGUGGUGGGCCACGCUUUUUGCUGUGUUGGGUGUGCUAGGCCUGCUCGACUUUAGUCGCAAGCUCGUCAAGAGGACGCUCAUCGGACUCGACUUGUGGAGCUUAAGAAGCUUGCGGCGGACCAUCAAGGGGGAAACGCAGAGCCUGAAGGAGCAUAGAUGCUCGAAGGAGAAGUAA